UCAAUAUCUCUCAAUAUCCCGAGACAGUAGCUACUGUUUAGGCGUUCARCGAUAAAUCACUGAGAUUUAUCAGUGUAACUUUAGCAGAGAAAGGUAAAACCAGAGAAACCGUCGGAGUAAAACCCUCGAAGCACAGGAGAGAACCAACAGCUACAACACAAAAAGUAAAGAAAAAAACGAGAAAACAUUUGGACGCCAUAACAAUAUACCCCCGAUUUGAACGACAACACCGACAUGUUUCGUCCUCUCGUCAUGUUCUCUAUCUUUCUCUCUUUUCUGGUCACCUUUGUUUCGGGUGACGAGGAAGCAAACAAAAAUAAUACACCAUCCCCUGAACCCGAACCAAAACCCAGCUCUCCAUCCUCCAGUAAUGACCGACCAGAACCUGGCCCUAGUUGGCCUGRAGCAUUCCAGCUGUGGAAAUGGGCGUGGCCAUUUCACGUGUAUACCUUUGCUUCUUGUUAUUUAGUCGUUGCUAUGGUUACAUUCGCAUACUUGGUACAUGAAUGCGCGAUCCGGAGGUCGACAGGCAACAGACUCAAGGUUGGAUUGUUUACAAAUUUGUUUCUUUUUAGCCUCACUCGUGGAGUUUUGUUCCUUGUGGAUCCAUACAACUUCCAAAAAGUGGCUCUUGAAAUCCCUUAUUUCAUCACCUGGUCUAUCGGAUUCCCUUUAAUCCUAUCUGCAUUCUCCUUACUCUUAUUAGCAAUGGUAGACACAACUCGCAUCGUCCUAACACCACCUCGAUUCCAGAACCUCUUCACUCUGAUUCUCCUAUCCGUAUUGAAUCUACUCGUCGUCCUCACCACAGAUCUCAUCUCCAUGCGCUUUAAAAAAACUAAACUCCUACUUUUCCUCUGUCAGAUAUAUCUGUCUAUAUUUGGUUUAAUUCUGAGUUUGGRCUUCCUUUACGUGGCGCGGAAAAUCACGCAACAGACCAAUAGCGUGACGGAUAUCAAAAUAAAGCGACUGCAGUGCCUCGUCUAUGUGUCAGCGGUGGUUGGUCUUUUGUUAGUUUGUGUGCAGGUUUAUUCGGCUUCAAGUGUUUUUGGAGUUUUAACAGAUAAUCGUGAAAUAGCUCCAUGGCCUUGGUUUGUCCUGCAGACGUGCGGGCGUAGUGUUGAGAUUGCCAUGUGUUUUAUUAAUGUGUUGGCUUUUAAAAGAACGAAAUAUAACAAGAACGUUAACGACAAGAAAGUUGCGCACCUAUCGUCUAAGCUGUGUAAAGAUAAAAUGAAACAGGAUAACCAAUCAGGAUCGCGAAAGUGUUGACAUAAUGAGGAAAACUGACCAAUUAGAAUAUAGAUAAAAUGAAACAGGAUAACCAAUCAGGAUCGCGAAAGUGUUGACAUAAUGAGGAAAACUGACCAAUUAGAAUAUAGAUGAAAUGAAACAGACUAAACAAUCAGGAUUGCGAAAGUGCUGACAUAAUGAGGAUAACUGACCAAUUAGAAUAUAGAUGAAAUGAAACAGGCUAACCAAUCAGGAUCGCGAUAAUGUUGACAUAAUGAGAAUAACUAACCAAUUAGA